AUGGGGCUCAAAGAAUUCAAAAUUCUUUUUGAUAAUCCGUGGAAGACUUAUUAUCCUGGACAAACGGUUACUGGGCGUAUUGUUGUAGUUCUUGAAUCUCCCAAGAAAAUUCGAGGAAUAUGUGUUAAAAUGAAAGGAGAAGCCAACACUUCUUGGACCGCAGACAAGCAAAAGUUAAAUAACGAAGGACGUUAUGAAAACGAACAACAAUUGCUUACUGGACACGAAGAAUACUUUUCUAUAAAGUACUACGUCAUUGGAAAUUCCUCUGAUGGAGAAAUUGAAUUGCCACCUGGUGAAAAUUUUUAUCCCUUCACAUGUGCGCUGCCUCCAAAUAUACCCAGCAGCUUUGAAUCAGAUUUAGGACAUGUUAGGUACACAGUAAAAGCAAUCCUCGAUAGACCAUGGAAAUUUGAUCAGGAAACUAAAGAUGCUUUCACAGUUGUUUCGUCCUUCGACCUCAAUACUGAUUCUAGAGCUUCGGAACCUAUUAUGGAAGAAAAGACUAAAACCUUUUGUUGCCUUUGUUGUGCCUCUUUACCUCUUUCUAUGAAUGUUUCUUUGCCAGUGAGAGGAUAUGUUCCAGGGCAAUCGAUGCCGAUAAAAGUUGAUAUAGAAAAUCAAUCAGGAGUUAGGAUUUCCACAGUAAAAUUGUCGCUGCAAAAGGUUGUAACUUAUCGUGUGAAUACUCCACACACUGAUACAAAAACUGAAUGGAUAACAAUAUCAGAAGUUAGCAAAGGUCCAGUCGAAGGAAAUGAUACCGUCAGCUACGAACAAGUAUUGGAUAUUCCUCCUCUUCCGCCUUCAAAUUUGAACAAUUGUGGCAUUAUUGACCUCAAGUACGAAUUGAAAUCUGAAGCCUGCGUCGAAGGAUGGUAUCGAAAGAAUUUAAGAAAGAGUACUCUAGUGUUUAUAGGAACAGUUCCUCUUGCCAAUUAUCAGUCAUUAGUUGCUCCUGCAGUACAAGAUUAUCCAACAAAGGACCCUGCCUAUGGUUGGAAUCCGGUUGCACCAGGAGAUGGUGCAUUUCCUCCAUCUGCACCUCCUCCUUCUGCUCCCCAAUUACCUCCAGAUUAUACAGUAACUGAUAGUUCACCGAUUGGAAAUCUUUAUCCCAACUUACCUCCACCAUCUUACGAAGAGUCAGUGUCUGGAGCUCGAAGUCUCCGAGAUCGAGACGAAUCCGAACACGUUAUGGGGAUUAGAGGACAUUUUGCUCCACGAUACCCUGUUUACAAUUUUGCUCCAGCGCAGUAAAAUAUUUCUUUUUAUAUCUAUUGACUUUAAAUACACGUUUUUUAUUGUUAAUCUACGAGAGAAUUGCUUACAAGCGCUUAAAACUGAAAUGCAUAAAAUGCACAAAAUGCACAAAUAACAAUUUAAAUGUAUGAAAAAUAACUUUAUUUUUAUUGAAAAUAGAAUUCGAUGGCUUUUUGAUAAAUUAUACAGAAAUU